CCUCGUAGGGUCCGCGCUCGCUACCAGGUUCACGAGGCCUAUAUACCCUCCCAUUCUGCCCACCGGUUCCUGGUCUCGUGGCUGCAUCCUUACCUGCAGGAUCUGCAUACAUCAAUUCCCCAUUGCCAGCCGUUCUUUCCGGGAGAAGCUUUCCCUAUGGCUUCCAACAUGGAGAAGCUUGGCCAUGGCCUUGCCAACGUCUUGGGCAUCAAGCUCGACGCCCCCGAAGGCGGUUCUGACAAGAUUACCCGUGGAGAAUCCGUCUUUUCCGUUUCCAGCGCCGACACCUACGUCGAGCAAGAGCCGACCGCUUGGGAGUGGAUCUGUGAAACCUUCCCCAACGGGCGCGAUGUGGUAGCUUACCUGUACCGCCUGUUCCCAUUCCUGGCCUGGAUUACGCGGUACAACACGACAUGGCUGUGGGGAGAUCUUGUUGCCGGUAUCACUGUUGGUGCGGUAGUCGUUCCUCAGGGCAUGGCCUACGCCAAGCUGGCUGAGUUGCCUGUGGAGUAUGGUCUGUACUCUUCAUUCAUGGGUGUCAUUGUCUACUGGUUCUUCGCUACCUCCAAGGAUAUUACCAUCGGACCUGUCGCGGUCAUGUCCACUGUCACCGGCGAAAUCGUCACGAGAGCCGCGGGGAAUCUUCCCCAAUACGAAGGUCAUCAGAUUGCGUCGGCACUGGGUAUCAUUGCCGGUGCCAUUGUCUGUUUCCUCGGCCUUGCUCGUCUCGGCUGGCUUGUCGAUUUUAUCUCGUUGACUGCCAUUUCCGCUUUCAUGACUGGGUCGGCUAUCAACAUUAUUGCUGGCCAGGUUCCUACCAUGAUGGGCAUCACCGGAUUCUCUACUCGCGGCGCAACCUACGAAGUCAUAAUCAACACGCUCAAAGGACUGCCUAGGACCAAACUCGACGCUGCCAUGGGACUGACUGCCAUGGUCGCCUUGUACGUCAUUCGCUUCGGUUGUACUGCAUUGGCCGGGCGGUAUCCUGCCAAGGCGAAGAUGUUUUUCUUCCUCUCUACGCUGCGCACCGUCUUCAUCAUCCUUCUGUACACCAUGGUCAGCUGGCUAGUCAACAUGCAUCAUCGCGAUAACCCCAGGUUCAAGCUCAUCGGUAAGGUACCUCGCGGCUUUCAACACGCGGCGGUUCCUGUUAUCAGCAAGGAUAUGAUUUCGGGCUUCGCAUCCGACCUCCCUGUAACGGUCAUCGUUCUCCUCAUUGAACACAUUUCGAUCUCGAAGUCCUUCGGUCGCGUCAACAACUACAGCAUCGACCCUUCGCAGGAGCUGGUUGCCAUUGGUGCUGCCAACCUCCUUGGUCCCUUCCUCGGAGGUUACCCUGCUACUGGUUCAUUCUCUCGUACCGCUAUCAAGUCUAAGGCUGGUGUGAGAACUCCUUUCGCCGGUGUAAUCACUGGAAUUGUUGUCCUCUUGGCCAUUUACGCUCUCCCAGCCGUCUUCUUCUACAUCCCUAACGCUACCCUCUCCGGUGUCAUCAUUCACGCUGUCGGCGAUCUCAUCACCCCACCUAACACUGUCUACCGUUUCUGGAGAAUUUCACCACUCGAAGUCCCCAUCUUUUUCGCCGGUGUCUUGGUGACGGUGUUCAGCAGCAUUGAGAACGGUAUUUACACUACCAUUUGCGUUUCGGCGGCUAUGCUUCUUUUCCGGAUUUUCAAGGCUCGUGGUCGCUUCCUUGGUAAGGUCAAGGUUCGCUCUGUUGAAGGAGACCACCUGCUCGGCGACGAACCCAAGACAAUUGAGAACGUUAUGAAGUCGAGCAACCGCCAGAAGUCCCACGAUAACGAUGAUUCGACAAGGGAAAUCUAUCUGCCAAUUGAUCACAACGACGGAUCCAACCCCGAGAUUCCGCUGCAGACUCCUGCGCCUGGUAUCUUUAUCUACCGCUUCUCGGAAGGCUACAACUACCCUAACGCAACCCACUACCUUGACUACAUGGUACAGGUCAUCUUUAAGGAGUGCCGCCGCACCAACCCCUUCACUUACGGCAAGCUCGGCGACCGCCCAUGGAAUGACCCUGGUCCCCGCCGUGGCAAGACGCUCGACGAACACGAUCCUCGCCCAACUCUCAAGUCCGUUAUUCUCGACUUCUCCUCGGUCAACAACGUUGACAUCACAUCUGUUCAGCAUCUCAUCGACGUUCGGAAUCAGCUGGACCGUUUCGCUGCGCCCGAAACCGUCGAAUGGCACUUUGCAUGCAUCAACAACCGAUGGACCAAGCGCGCUCUCGCUGCCGCCGGGUUUGGUUAUCCGACGCCCGACCUUCAGAGCGGUGAGUCGUACGCGCGCUGGAAGCCAAUCUUUAGCGUUGCGGAGAUCGGCGGCGACGACAGCGCUGCGCACGUUAGGCAGGCCGCGGACGACCGCGCUUUGAGCCGGCACGGCGACGAGGAGACGGGACACGGAAUAGAGAUUGAGCGCAGCAGCGAAAGCACCGACGGCGGCUCGCCCAGCCUCGACAAGAAGAUUUCGCGGGCGAAGGCAUACGAGCAAGACAACUCGAAACGUAUCCUAGUGCACGGCGUCAACCGGCCGCUGUUCCACAUCGACCUGACGUCGGCACUCAUCAGCGCGGUGCAGAACGCGGAGCGCAAGCGGAUACACAGCCAGAUUGCCCACAACCAAAACAGCUCGCAAACAUCGCAAGACUACCCCAACUAUGGCGCGACUGCAGGCGAGGAUGUGGACCAGAAGGGCACGGCAUGACGGACCGGUUGGUUUUCUAAUCUUUUUGGGUCUUUGCAUAGGCGGUAUUGGCUUGGUUAUUCACCGGUGGAUAUUGAGAUGGAUACUCUGGCUCCGUCAUGAUACAGGAGCGGCGUUUUAUGCUAUGUGCAUCUAAUGACUUUGUCUUUGUUUAGUUCUUUGUUGGACGGCAUUUCUGCGAGCAGGAGAGAGGGGGAAAA